AUGCCUCACUCAGCAAAGAGGAGCAGCAAACCCCGCCAUUCAUUCGAUGCCUUUGAUAAGCUUUUCGAGAAGGCAUUUGCACCCCGAGUGGCACCUGCAGUCGCGCCUCUGAUUCUGCCCGCAGAUCUCAAGCGGCCGAUGGCACCAGAGCCGCCCACCCCGCUCACCCCGGGAUUUGGCGGAGAUAUACAAGUUACACCGCAGGCGGUCUCGCUAGACCCUCUGUGGGAUGAGGUGAGACAGAAAAAAGCGCAAGAGAUCGCUGCUUCACCACCCAAGGCCAAACUGCGCGGGCCUUCACAACAGCCUACAACGAAGGGAACACCGCAUCGAUCCAAAAAGCGUGUCACAAGUGGUGUACACUUUAAGGAGUCCCCAGAUGGCCAACAGAUGAUCGCGACAUUCUACAUGCAGAAUGUCAAAAAAGAAGACAUGCACGUCAGCUUUCGAUCGAAGUGGCUGCUCGUGAGCUGGCAAACGGUGAAAGUCACCGAAAAGAGGGAAGGGAGGGCAGUCGUGCGGGAGCGAGUGGUCACCAAGCAUAAUCAGACAAUCUCGCUGCCCAAAGGAACCACGUUCGAUGAAGUUGUCGCCUCGCGGGAUGGAAAACAUCUGAUACUGACAUACCCGAAUUCGCGGUCAAAAUCUGACAGUGUCCAACAAUAUCCUGGCCCUUAUUUAAACCCGAAUUCUGACGUCUACCACUCAUCAGCACAACUCUCCUAUCCACGGAACGACCUACCUGGUGUACACCACGCAUUCUCGUCCUCCGCACAUCCAUCCCGAUAUCCUCACAUGCAUCCUUGGGGACACUUCCACGCGCACCACGGCUGGCGUCACUUCCGCCACCACCGCCCUUCCCGUUUCGUAUGGUUCUUCGUUGGCGCCGCCUCUGCUAGUUUCUUCUUCAAAUCGCGGGAAGCACACGAGUGGAAGGCGCGACAUUGCCGGCGCAACCAAAUUCAACAGGAGACAUGUUCUUCAGCUAGUGCCGCAGACUCCCCCGUGCCGCGACAAUCCGCUGAUCUUUCUCCUUCCGCUGUCGACCAUCGCUCAUGGGGCUGGUCCUGGAGUUCGGACAAGGGUUUCAAUUCAUGGGGCUCACCUCGACACCAACGGCAGGAGGCGGAUCAGCAGGAGGCGGCACAACCUUCGCCUGCGUUCUCGACUCCGGCAGUUGAUCGUUGGGACGAAGAGCGAAGGCGCAUGCAGGAGCUCGGUAAACAAGCUACAGACACGAUAUCCGAGCUCUCUGAGGUAACUCUUGAUUCCGUCCUUUCCACGGUGCAGAGUCUCAAAACCAAGCUUGCGGAGAAUCGAGCUCAGCGCGAGCAGCAUCUGCGUGAGAUACAAGCGUUGAAAGAAGAUCAAUACAAGAUGUUUGAAGAAUGGAAGAAUAUGCAGGAUCAGAAGGCAAAGGAGCAGCAGUCUUCCCAGACGCGUCACCUUGUUUAA